ACAAUCAAAGAGAAAUUGUCUUCAUUACCAGCAGCCUCAGCGUCACCAACCACUAGUGAUCAAACAAAACCUAUCAUUAUUAAACUGAAUGGCAUAUGGGAGAAAAUGACUUUAAAAAAUUUAAAAAGAGUUUUUCAGUAUUACUUUGGGGAAAAAAUAGCAGAUUAUAUUAUUAUAGGAGACAUUAAUGAGGGCUCAGUUGUCAUUACACUGUCAAUACCAACCUCACUAUCACAGUCUCUUAUUUCUACAAUCAAUGACAAAACAAAAUCAAUGAACAGAUUAGGAAUAUUGGAAGUUGCUGUCGACAGAAGUUCAAUUUUUAUUGGAAAAGAAAACGAUAACAAUUUUGACGUUGCACUUCAUCAAUCAGUUAUAGCUGGUGAUAUUUUUGAAGUAUCAAUGCUACUACAGUUAGGAGCUGACCCUAACAGUAAAGGUGAGAGGGGAAAGAGUGCUAUAGAGAUUGCUAAUGAAAAAGGGCACACUCAAAUAAAAGAAAUAUUAUUAACUGGUAGAGGAACACAGCUAUUGAAAUUAUUCAAGGAUGCUAAUCAUAAAGAUGCCAUUCGUUUGUUACCCUACAUUGAAAACCUAAAACAGUUACGAGAUGAAGUUACUAUAAUUUCUCUUUUUGAUAUUUAUCAAGUGGAGGCAACUUUGCUUCAUAUGGCUUCAUGGAAUGGCUGGUUAGAUGUUACUGGUGAUCUCAUCACUAAAUAUGGCUGUGAUCAACAAGAAAGAGAUACUAAAGGGAAUACUUGUCUUCAUUAUGCUGCAAUGGGUAAUCAUGUCAGUGUUAUAGAUUAUCUCAUCAUAGAAUAUUCCAGUGAUCCUACAGUUACUAAUGAGAAUGGAGACACUAUUCUUCAUAAAGCAGCUUAUUAUGGAUCACUUGAUGUCAUUAAGUAUCUGAUCAAUCAUAGAUGUAAUCCAAAAUCUACUAACCGCAAAAAAGGUGAGACUCUUCUUCACUGUGCUGUUGAACAUGUUGAUAUUCUAAAGUAUCUUAUUGAUGAUGAGGGUAGCUGCAAUCCAAUGGCCACUACCUUUGAUGGUAGGACACCACUUCACUAUGCUGCUAAUUUUGGUUGUCCUGCAUCUGUUGAAUUUUUGCUAUCAACUGGCAAAUGUGAUCCUUUGGCUGAAGAUAAAGAUGGGAAAACACCAUUACAACUAGCUAAAGAGAGGCAGCAGAGAGAUGGGACUAAUACUCUUCCUAUCUUCAAGAAGUUUGGUGGUAUAAAAUUACCUCAUCCAAUUGAUUCAUAUGUUAAGGUCCUCCUUGUGGGUAAUCCUGGAGCUGGUAAAAGCACUCUUGCUCAUGUCAUCAAUGGCACAGCUACUGGUCCUUUUGUUCUUGGUUCCUUUAGAAAUGUC